CACAACCGCGCACCAGAAUCAGUGCUAACCAAAAAACGAACAAGAAGAAGAAGGAAGAAGGAAGAAGAAGAAGCGAUGGGCGUGGAUUACUACAACAUACUGAAAGUGAAUCGUAACGCCAGCGAGGACGACCUGAAGAAAGCCUACAAGCGCCUCGCCAUGAUUUGGCACCCCGACAAAAACCCCGCCGGUAAACGCCCCGAGGCCGAGUCCAAGUUCAAGCAAAUCUCCGAGGCCUACGACGUCCUCUCCGACCCCACCAAGCGCCAGAUCUACGAUCUCUACGGCGAGGAGGCUUUGAAAUCCGGCCAGUUCCCCCCUCCCUCCACCUCCCACUACUACCACCACCGCACCAACAACAACACGACGUCGUUCCAGUUCAAUCCGCGCGACGCCGACGAUAUCUACGCCGAGAUUUUCGGAUCCGAGAGCGGCGCGGGAGGUGGAGGCGGGAGGGGGUAUAGGGAUGGAUUCUUUAGGACGUCGAAUGGGGCCGGUGGGCCGGAGUUUGCGGGGACGAGUAGUGGGCCUGGGCCGGGCCUGAGGAAGGCCCAUGCGGUGGAGAACACUCUGGCGUGUAGCUUGGAGGAGCUCUACAAGGGAUUCAAGAAGAAGAUGAAGAUUUCUAGAACCGUUACUGAUUCCGCUGGUAAGGUUCGGAUUUUGGAAGAGAUAUUAACUAUUGAGAUCAAACCUGGUUGGAAAAAAGGCACCAAGAUAACCUUUCCGGAGAAGGGUAACCAAGAGCCUGGUUUUAUUCCAGCAGAUCUGGUUUUUGUGGUUGAUGAAAAACCUCAUGCACUUUAUAAGAGGGACGGCAAUGAUCUGGUGGUGAACCAGGAGAUCACACUGCUGGAGGCACUGACUGGCAAGACUCUUGACCUAACCACCCUAGAUGGAAGGAAUCUCGUGAUCCCAUUGACGGAUAUUAUCAAACCUGGAGCUGAAAUGGUUGCACAAAAUGAAGGAAUGCCUAUCUCAAAAGAACCGGGAAGAAAAGGAAAUUUGAGAAUCAAAUUUGACGUCAAGUAUCCUUCAAGACUUACCACAGAACAGAAAUCAGAUUUGAAAAGAGUUUUGGGAGGAGUUUCACUAUGACCGGCUAACUAGGUUAACCAUAAUGUAAAUAUGAUGUGUUUGGUAUUUGAAGGAUGUGAAUACUAGAAGCGUCCUGGGCUUGAAAGGAAGAGGUGGCCUGUUUAUUAACACUACCUGAGCCAUGCCAGUUUUGAAUUGGCACAUUUUUUUUCCCAUGCUUUUCAUUCGCAUGCUAUACCCUAGAGUUUGUCUUCGGGUUGUGAAUAGAUAGAAAGUGAGUUUGUCACUACUAGAAAUUUACAUUUUUUGUGUAUCAGGUAAUUGGGGUUUUUUUGCGGAUUUCUUUUUUUUUCUUUCUUUUUCCUUAACCUUUUUAGGCCAUUAGUUUCAUAUUUAUUUUUAUUGGUUGAAUAGCUCUUGCUCAAAAGAAACUGCUGUUUUCUUCAAUUCCUAUUUCCUAACUCUCUCAGAAGUGUGGUUUUUCACCCUGAAAAGGCGCGAAGGGCCGAAGAGAUUACUACUAAGCAUUUCAAGCCCAUCGGGAGAACUCUGUUUGAUUUGGUACCCAGUCCAUUUCCAUACAAAUGGCAACUUUGAUCGAGUACGAAGGGUACAAUUAGUCGCUCAUGUAGUAAUUUG